AUGGAUGCAACAGACUCUAAUCGCACUAUGAAACUAUCUUCAAUUCUCUUGAAUGGAUUGAACUAUGUUGCUUGGUCAAGGGCUGUUACAUUAUCUCUUGGUGGCAAAGCUAAACUUGGUCAUAUUAAUGGGAAAGCGAAACAACCUAAAUCUAAUGAUCCCAAAUUUGAUGAUUGGGAAGCCACUAAUCGAAUGAGAGCUAUUGCAGAUGAAAAGCAAAAGGAAACUUCUUUUGCAGUUCAUCUUGGAAAUCUGAAGCGAAUGUGGAAUGAAUUAGCGAUUUAUCGCCCACCAACUAUUGACCUUAAAAUCCUACAACAGUGGGCUGAAGAGGAUAAAUUGUUCAAAUUACUUGCCUACUUGAAACCUGAAUAUGAGCAACUAAGGAGUCAGAUCUUGAUGUGUCCUACUAUACCUUCUUUAAACAGUGUUGGCAUUACAAUCCAACGAGAAGAGACUCGAAAAAAGGUUAUGAAUUCUAAAGUUGUUCCCCAGGAAUCAAGUGCCUUAGUUGCUGAUAAAAAAUAUAAAAAACAGUCGAUCAUCUAA